AUGAGGCCGUCCCCAUCCCUGCUGGCCAGCGCGUCUAAGCCCUUGCCGCUGUCUGUUUCCCAGGCCUCAAUUCAACUCAUACCCCCAAUCCCACUCUACCGACGAAUCCUCCGUACUCAUCGCUUGCUCCCUGCCGAGAUGCGUUACAUGGGCGAUUCCUACGUCAAAUCCGAGUUCCGUCUUACUCGGUCGACCGACAAUCCCUUGCACAUCAUCGGCUUUCUUUCGCAAUGGAAGUUGUAUCUGGACGAAGUGGAAUCUUCUGUCAUAACUCCCGAUGGUCGAAAACAGGGAGAACCUGUUCAGUGGAGGGGCAAGAAAUUGGAUACAGACGCUUUCGAAAGACUCAGUAAAGAGCAAGUCGGGCAGCUCUAUGAGCUCAUGCAUGCCACCAAAGAUGUGUGGAAGUCACCCGAGCAGCUUGCCAAAGAAGCGUCAACAGCGGGCUCCUCAGAGUGA